UUUCACAUCUAACGUUACUGUUGUCUUACCCUGGUUUUUAACCCAUCACCCAGUGAUGUGUUGGCACUACUGGCCCACUAUUUGGUCAACUGUACAAUGUACGUGUACAUUGUCCAUAUGCAGCCCUCAUGGUACUAAGCAACUCUUUCAAAUGUUAUUUUGUAUUACAAUAAAAUCAUGAUGCGUCUAAAAAUCUUCACAGUUACCUGAGAGGACCAUCUUACCUAAAGGUUGGACAUGCAUGCAACUCAAAUGGGCCAUAAAAAUGGGGCAUUUUAUUUACUUUUUGGUACAAGGACUUGAGAUGUGCUAUUUAGAAUUUCCUCCAAGUCAUUGUAGAAGACUUUUAUCGAAACCACAAUAUAAAUGAGAACAAACAUCUAUAAUUGAGGGUGCAGAGUUACACUGUACUAUGUUGUUAGUGAAAUCAGUGCAGUCUUUGGUGCAAACGUCUGUCUUUAAAGCCUCCAUCAUCAUGCACACAAACAGAAAAGCACCAAGCAUCACUGACACCAUUAAACUCGCACGUCUGUGCACCGAGCAGCCUAUCAGCGCGUAACGGCUCGGGACGGGAGUGUGUUUCUUUAAGAAUGUAAGGUGGGUGAGCCCCUUUUCCUGACGCACGCCUGGUAUGCAAACAUAAAUUUAGCAGCAACGUGUGUGCUGGGGGAACAAAAUAUCUGGAAGCGACCGUGAAGUGUCAUGUCGUCUGCAGCAGUUCUUGGCUGACUCUUCUUCUUCUUCUUUUUUUUUUUUAACCUGUUUCUUCCUGUGCAAACUGGAGCAGGAGCGCAGCGCGGAGAAGAGAGCCGACUUCUUUGCUGCCUGGGUGACUGGACAGACUGGGACAGACGGACAGGGAGCGGGCAAUCACCAAUUGUCUUCAUACAGUUUGAAAUCACGUUGAAGUUGUCAGCGUCAGACAUGACAGGCGUCUGCUUUUGGACGACCGGACUGGUUCUUGUGGCGGUUUGUGUAGAGGUUGCUGUAUGGGCUAGCGAUGGAGAUGCAGUGUUCAUAAGGGAAUUCACUCUGAUUCGCCGAGACCACCUUCCAGAAGAGCCUCUCCAUGAUGUCAGCCAAAAACCAGAAGACCCUAGCUCACGGACGGCCCGAUCAGAAGAAGACAGAGACACUCUGUGGGAUGCCUGGGGCUCAUGGAGUGAAUGCUCCCGUACCUGUGGAGGAGGAGCCUCAUACUCCCUUAGACGAUGCCUCAGUUCCAAGACCUGCGAAGGGCAGAAUAUCAAAUAUCGCACAUGCAGUAAUGUGGACUGUCCUCCAGAUGCGGGUGAUUUCCGUGCCCAGCAGUGCUCAGCUCAUGCAGAUGUGCGAUACCAGGGUCAGUAUCAUGAGUGGCUGCCUGUGUACAAUGACCCAGACAACCCCUGCGCACUCAAGUGCAAAGCCAAGGGCUCAGGCCUUGUGGUGGAACUGGCCCCCAAGGUGCUGGAUGGAACCCGCUGUUACACUGAGUCCUUGGACAUGUGUAUCAGUGGAGUCUGCCAGAUCGUAGGCUGUGAUCAUGAGUUGGGCAGCACAGCGAAGGAGGACAACUGCGGCGUCUGCAAUGGAGAUGGCUCAUCCUGCAGACUGGUGCGAGGACACUAUAAAUCCCAACAUGCUUCAGGAAAAACCGAGGACACUGUUGUUGUCAUCCCCUACAAGAGUCGUCAUGUACGUCUUGUCCUGAAAGGCCCGGAUCACUUGUAUGUGGAGAGCAAGACACUACAAGGGGUAAAAGGUGAACUGGUCUUUGAUAGGUCAGGGCAGUACCACCUGGAGAAUACCACCUUGGACUUCCAGAAACUUUCAGAUAAGGAGGUCCUGAGAAUAACUGGCCCACUCGGAGCUGAUUUCACAGUCAAAGUGCAGUAUGCCAGUGGAGCAGACAGUGUGGUUCAGUACAUCUACUACCAACCCAUCAUCCACCGCUGGAGAGAGACCGAUUUCUUUCCUUGCUCCGUCACAUGUGGUGGAGGGUACCAGCUAACCUCAGCAGAGUGCUUUGACCUUCGGAGCGGCAGAGUGGUUGUGGAUCAGUAUUGCCAUUAUUACCCAGAGAACAUCAAACCUAAACCCAAACUCCAGGAGUGCAACAUGGAGCCUUGCCUGGCAAGUGAUGGCUACAAGCAAAUUAUGCCAUAUGACCUCUACCACCCCCUGCCUCGAUGGGAGAGCAGUCCCUGGACUGCCUGCUCCACCUCCUGCGGUGGAGGCAUCCAGAGUCGCUCAGUAUCCUGUGUGGAGGAAGACAUGCAGGGUGUCAUCACACCCACUGAGGAGUGGAAGUGCCUCUACUCCCCGAAGACGGCUAUCCUGCAGCCCUGCAACACCUUUGACUGCCCCAUCUGGCUGGCACAGGAGUGGUCACCUUGCACGGUGACCUGUGGUCAGGGUCUGCGCUACAGGGUGGUGUUAUGCAUUGAUCACAGAGGACUACAUGCUGGAGGUUGUAACCCCACCACCAAGCCUCACAUCAAGGAGGAGUGCCUGGUGACUGUGCCCUGUUAUAAAUCUAUAGAUACCCUUCCAGUUGAGGCAAAACCUGUGUGGCAUAAGCAGGCCAUAGAGCUGGAAGAGGAGGUCAUGGUUACUGAGGAACCAACCUUCAUCCCUGGUCCCUGGCAGACAUGCAGCAAGACAUGCGGCGCUGGCAUCCAGCAGCGGACCGUGAAGUGCCAGGUGUUGCUGUCUUUCUCCCAGACUGUUGCUGACCUGCCAGAUGACGAGUGUGAGGGAGUCAAACCUGCUACAAGUCAGCCCUGCUACCGCACUCCCUGCUCUGGUGAUUUUGGCAAAGGAAAAGAAAGCAAAAAGGAGGGGGAGGAAGAGGAGGAGACACCUGAAAGAGAGGAACUGCAUGACUGGGAGUAUGAAGGAUUUACGGAGUGUUCAGAGAGUUGUGGAGGAGGUGUGCAGGAAGCUGUAGUCAUCUGCCUGAACAAGCAGACCAGGGAGGCAGUGGACCAGAGCCUGUGUGUGAGCUUCCGUCGGCCCCCACAACUCCUGCAGGACUGCAAAACUCAGCCCUGCCCACCCAGAUGGGAAACAGGAGAGUGGAGUUCAUGCUCUGCUACCUGUGGGGUAGGUCUAAUGACCCGCACUGUGGCAUGCACUCACCAACCCUCUCGGGACAGCAACCAUACUGAGGUUUUGAGGGAUGAAGACUGUCAGAACCCCAAGCCCAGUCCUGUCCAAGCCUGCAACCGCUUUGACUGCCCUCCUAUGUGGGACACACGUGUCUGGGGACAGUGCUCCCAGAGCUGUGGUGGUGGAUUUCAAAGGAGGCAGGUCCUGUGCAAACAGCGGUUGGCAGAUGGCAGCAUCUUGGAACUGCCUGACACCUUUUGCCCUUCCAAGAGCCCUGCAAACCAGCAGCCCUGUGCCAAGCAAGAGUGCCCACCUCAGUGGGUCACAACUGACUGGUCCCAGUGUUCAGUGACCUGUGGAAACGGCAUUCAGAGACUACAGACAGUCUGCAGAAAACAAGGGGAAGAUGAGGGACAUUGGACCAUAGACCCUGAGAACUGUUCCCUGAUGCCCCGGCCCACCAGAAUCCGGCCAUGCUCCCUGAGGCUCUGUGAGAACUCUGUCAAGCCUGGCGCUGCCAUACUGACCCAGAGGAAGGUGUAUAUCCAGUGGAGGAAGGGCAAAAAGUUACACUUGGUAGUGGGCGGCUAUGCCUACCUUCUUCCCUGGACAACUGUGAUCCUUCGCUGCCCAACCCGUCAUUUCCGCAAGGGCCACAUCCAGUGGUUGAAGGAUGGAAAGCCUAUAAUAAGCAUUCCACACGUCUCCUUAACAUCAUUAGGAUAUAUGAAGAUUCAACAGGUUCGUGCAUCUGAUGCAGGAAUAUACACAUGCAUCGCAGGUCCAACACAAGAGCACUUUGUCCUGCAGAUAAUUGGCAACAAGCAGAAGCUCUCUGUUCCAGAGUCAUGGCGCCUCACAGAUGGGCUACAAAAGGUUGGGCAGCCAUUUGUGGCCUCAACAACAGAAAGAUUUCAGGAUCUCCCCUUCUCCCUCAACCAGUAUGACAACAUUGUUGAGCAUUUGCUUGAACUCAAAGGUUCUCUCCAAGAUGAAAAAGACACUGUUGAUAAACUGCAUUCUAGUGAAAAGAACAGGUCUGCUCUGGAGGAUGACAGUUCUGAACUCUCAAGUUUGCUCAUAAUCACUGACACCCACAGGCUGGAUGAGAUCACGCGCAACCUCUCUGAAGGCCUCGGAGGACCAUGGGGGGAACAACUUAUUGCCCAGUUGCUCCUUGAGCUCACCAUGACACAAGGUGAAACCAAUGAGUCUACUCUUCAUCCCCCAGGAAGUGCAGAAUCCUUCACGCAAGGGCCCCUCCUUUACAAACCAAAUAUCAAAGCUCACACGUCCAGGCCAAGAAGCCCGGUGAUAAUCCAGCGGUCCAGAAAAGUGGUGCCAUCGUCUGACAUGAUGGUUCAUGUGGGAGUGCCAGUUUUGGUACAGAAACCCAUUCCUAGUUUGGAGCUGAGGUGUGAGGCACUUGGGAACCCUGAACCAUCCCUAACAUGGACAAAGAAUGGAAAAGAGUUGCACUACAACAGUAGAGUAGGCCUGUUGUCCACAGGAUCACUGAGGAUCCAGUCCCCAAACAAGGUGGAUGAGGGUCUGUACACCUGCACUGCAAGGAACCGUUUAGGUUCUGCAUCUCUUUCAUCUUGGCUGCAAGUUACAGGUGGCAAAGGAAAGAACUGUGUCCAAGGUAGUGGUAUGGUAAUAAAUGGCCGUAUAUGCUCUGAGAGGAGUAACAACAGCCAGUCAGCUGAGUUUUGCCAUGGACAAGCCUGCCCCCUCAGGUGGCAAGUUGAUCCGUGGUCACCGUGCUCUGCCAGUUGUGGAGGUGGAUCCCAGACCAGGAGUGUCCGCUGCAUGAAAGGCCCUGAGAGCAGAUCAAGAGAGUUGGGGAGCCAGCACUGCGUUGGUUUAGGGAGGAGGCCCUCUCAAUCUAGGCUAUGCAACCAGCUGCCCUGUGCAAGAUGGGCCACUACCCCCUGGGGACCGUGUCAUGGUCAAUGUGUGGGUCCUAGUUCGGCCACACAGCACCGUCAUGUUUACUGCCAAGACACAAAUGCCACCAAAGUCUCCCACAGGAUGUGCAGUGGACUCCAGAGACCCAGCUCCCUGAAGAAUUGCUCCACAGAGGCCUGUGCCCUUCAGUGGCGUGUAGGGCCGUGGACACAGUGCACUGCCACCUGUGGUCGGCAUGGCUUCCAAUCACGGCACGUGACCUGUGUGCAUCGUAGAACUGGAAAGGUCACACGCGAACAUCACUGCAUGUGGAGGCCUCGCCCUCCCAGCUGGCAGCGAUGCAAUAUUUUGUCCUGUGGAAGAGCAGGGGAGUGUCGAGACAGCACGAGAUACUGUGAGAAGGUCCGACAGCUGGAGCUUUGUCCUUUGCCCCAGUUCAAGAGCCGCUGCUGUCAUUCCUGUCGAGACACCUGAGGCCAGGAUGUAAGACGAGGGCCGUGGACAGACUGGAUAGGACAGACUUGAAACCGCCGUGCUCCAUCCUCAACACCCACAAUUGUCUUCAAUGCUCAGUCUUGGAUGGGUAUACCUGAGUGUGGAGUGAUAUUUGGAUGGUCACACCUGAACUGGCUGUGUUCUACUCUAAUUUGAACAUUUUGAGAGGAGUGACAUGUCUGUUAAUGAAGGCUUCAGUUCCUUUUAAAAUCUGAAAUUCAUGCUGAGAGCUUUCCUAAAUUACGCAAAAGAAACUUGUGAUCAGGGGAAUUUGGAGUUUUCCCUAAAGAAACAGAACAAGUGUUGUGCUACGGUGUUUCAUUGUAUCGCCAUCACUUCAUGUCCAAAAUAGGGUGAAUAUUGUCAUGCACAAAGAAAAAAUUACGGUAAUAUAAAGUACACCUUAAAAUUGAUUCACUUCAUACCCAGGAAUUCUGGGUUGACCCCAAGGCUUUUGAUAACCACUGGAUAAUUGUUUGUUUGCCUUUAUUGUAGUCCAAAACAGUGUAGAUAACAAGUUUUUAUGAUAAACUCCCUUUGUUAAUGAAUUCUGGGGAAACUCUUGUUUAAAAUACAGUGUUAUGUUGUAUAAUGAAAAGUGAAUAAAUGAAAAGUCAUUAAGGUGAAUAAAAGCCUUAUUUUUGAUAAACGGUGUACAUUUGGCUUCAGCCACAUGGGAAAUAGAUCAUGGUCUAUGCUGUCAUUUAAAUUGGAUCAUUUGAAGAGUAAAUUGAAAGACAUUUUAAGUGCCUUUUUGGCUGAAAAAAGUAGGACAUGAUAAAGAUUUAUCUUGCAUGGGUUGCACUAUGGAGGUUCAGACUGAAUUAAGUCAAUUAAAAAUAAACAAACAAACAUAAAAAAAAAUGCCUAUUUUUGCACUCAACUCAUCCGAGUCCUUGUUAAGAACAUGACUUGUCGAGUUUUUUUUGUUCUAUUGUUCAUAUAGAUUGUUUCUUUUUUGUUGUUUGUUGUAUUUGCUUUGUCUUGAAAAGAUAUUUGUGAAGAUGUCCCGUUAACCACUUUGUGACAUUACACAGCACAACGCAACGUGAGAUGAUCAUAGUAGUUCCUUGUGAGCUAAUAAUAGCUCAGUUUGUCCAGUCCUACUAAAUGCUUUGCUUUAGUGUGACAUUUCAGGAAAACGAUACAGUAACAUUUGAACGUUCCUAUAACAUUUGGCAGUUCUCACAAACCUUUCUAGUAUUUCUUCUUCCAUGGAUGGAUUUCAAUGUUAGUUGUAAAUAUUUACAUAUUUAGUUAAAAUAUGUAAAUAUGACCUUGGUGUUAUAUUUGGAUGUUGGUGAAACAGUAGGGAACUUUUUAAAGUUCAUUAUUAAUGAACCAUACAUUACUGUGCCAGAUAAACACAAGCACUUUUGACAUUAUUUCCUGCGUUCCACAGUUCUUGAUCAUCAAGUGCAACAGAUACCUUAACAGGAGACUACUUGGCCUUUCAGUGGGGUGUGAUUAUUUGAUUUUGUGAGAAGAAAACAUAAUUAACGUAUUACUUUUGCUCUUAAGUUAUGUAGAUAUUUGUUUUGUCCUUUUACCUAUUUAUUUUCAUGUGUGUUCUUGUGCAUAGUUUUGUAAAUAAUUACAUUGGUGGGUUUUAGGAUUUAGUAUUCGUUUCCCCAUAGUGUUUUUUGGUAUUUGAUGUGCAUGCAAUGGGGACCCAUUGUUGGUGACUUAAUGUUUUGGUGUCUGCUCAUGCCUGGUUAAUCUUUAAAUAAAACCAAAUACAUUCCUUUUA